CGAGAGAAGACUAUUCGGAGCGACACGCCCAAGUGUUCAUGAAGAACUCCCUCGCAUAUCUGACAGAAUCUCGGUACAUUGCGAUGGUCCCAGAAAUCCCGCAUGAUCCCUGUCAUCGCCAUUUCUAACCGGUCAAGACUAACGUUUACCCGGAGGAUCGUUAGCUUGCGAGGUAGGAACCGUGCGGCCUCACUGAUGACUUCCGGUGUGCCAGCGCAUCCGGCACGCGAACCUGUUGAUUCUCCAGCAAAGAUAGCACUAUCAUGACGCACUCAUGACACACUAGAGAUAAAGUCAUGACACACUCUUCAUGCAUCUCUGACACACCUAUGACGCAUCCAUGAUACAUCCAUGACGUACUAGAGAUGAAGUUAUGACGCACUCAUGACACACUAAGGAUGAAGUCGUGACGCACUCAUGACACACUAAGGUUAAAGUCGUGACGCACUCAUGACGCAUUCUUCAUGCAUCUGACGCACCUAUGACGUACCCAUGAUACAUCCAUGACGCACCAGAGAUGAAGUUAUGACGCACUAGAGAUGAAGUCGUGACGCACUGAUGAUGCACUAAGAUUCAAGUCGUGACGCACUCAUGACGCACUGUUCACCCAUAUCUGACACACCUAUGACGCACCUAUGAUACAUCCAUGACGCACUAGAGAUGAAGUCAUGACGCAUUCAUGACACACUAAGGUUGAAGUCGCGACGCACUCACGACGCACUCUUCAUGCAUCUCUGACACACCUAUGACGCACUAGAGAUGAAUUCGUGACGCACUCAUGACACAAUCUUGACGCACUCGAGAUUGUAGUCGUGACGCACUCAUGGAGCACUCUUCAUGCAUCUCUGACGCAACCAUGACGCACCCAUGAUGCACCUAUGACGCCCUAGAGAUGAAGUCGUGACGUACUCAUGACUCAUUCUUCAUGCAUCUCUGACGCACCUCUGACGCACCCAUGGUACACCCAGAACGUACUAGAGAUAAAGUUGUGACGCACUCUUGACGCAUCUCUGAUGCACCCAUGAUGCACUCAUGACGCACUCGUGUCGAAUUUCUGGCUCCUUUAAUUUUGAUCAUAAGGUCUGACAAAACGGAUCCCAGAGGCAUGGCCAGCAGCACGGAGGAUUACGGGUCGGAAUUGCAGGAGUUGCAGUGGGGUGGCGGUAGCGGGUCGCACUUCCUGCGCAGCGGCUCACACUUCCUGAGAAGCGGCACCGGUGGUUGUUACGAAGCCGAGGAUUUAGAACCAACCAGCAGGCAUCAUGGCGGUCAACACAGGGGUUAUUACAGUCCUCCGGGCACGAGUUACACGAUCGUCGAGAGACCACCGAGCGCCCCUCAUCAUCACUCGUCUCAUACCACCCCUUACAGGCACCGGGGACACACCACCGGGGGUUCUGGUGCCAUUUCACCGGAACAAGUGCUUAGGCUGUUCGGCAACGGAGUGUCGGAGCGUCGCCAAGGAGACAGAAGGACGCCCGCGUCGUCUCCGGCCAGCGUCGCGGCGGUGAGAAGCACGCCAUCGUCGACCUCUCAACAGCAGCAGCAGCAGCAACAAUCGCAACAACCGCAACCGAAUCCUCCAAACCCUCCCACGUCCCCAAGUUCUCAGCCCCUCAGUCUCCAAGAGCUCACCGUAAGGACAAUCACCAUGACGAGAGAUCCCCCGGACUCUCACCAUGGCUUUGGGAUCUGCGUGAAGGGUGGCAAGGACGCAGGUGAGAUCCGAAGUACCUUCAGGCUUCCCCCGUCGCCGUACUUCGCGCCUCAAGAUCGAGGGGUGGGUGUCUACAUUUCGAGGGUGGAGGAAGGUUCGGUGGCCGAGCGUGCUGGACUGAGGCCAGGAGACACCAUCUUGGAGGUGAACGGCACACCCUUCCGGGCGGUGACCCACGAGGAGGCCCUCAAAAUGCUGAAGUCCUGCAGAACCCUGAGUAUGACGGUACGCGGUCCAGCGUUGGAUCCCCGUUGCAGAGGAGGCCACCCUGUGUGGUCCACUUCCGGUCGCCAGCAAUCCUGCAGCUGGAUGGAUCGUCAAGGUCGUCCAGCCUCGCCACCGCCGUUGUACCCUCCGCGGGACUCCAGAUACGGCCCCAGGACGAGAAAGGUCGAGCUCUGCAUCGAACCUGGACAGUCUCUGGGCUUGAUGAUCAGGGGCGGCCUCGAGUACGGUCUCGGAAUCUACGUGACAGGGGUCGACAAAGACAGCGUCGCCGAUCGUGCUGGCCUCCUGGUAGGUGAUCAGAUCAUCGAGGUGAACGGACAGAGCUUCGAGGAGGCGACCCAUGACGAGGCAGUGCAGAUCCUGAAGACCAACAAGAGGAUGACUCUCCUGAUUCGCGACGUCGGAAAGGUUCCACACUCUUGUACCACCAGCCAACCCAUCGUUAUGCCCACGUCCAGGUACCCUGAACACGAUCCGCUGCUUCUGGAGAGCCCUGGAAAUCAUCGACCACCCAGUCCUACUAUCGCCAGCGAUUGGAGACAUCGAGGCGGCGUGCACACGGUCUCCGCCGCAACGGCCGCCAUGGUGGAGGAAAAAGCGAGGGUGGUACUCGCAAGAAGCGAGAGGGCAGCUCUCUCUCAGCUCCUGGCGGAUUACAGAACGCGUCGAAUGACGAUCGAGGAGCUGGUGGUCAGUUUAGGAGAUCUGUUGAACACCCACGAGAAGCUGACUCUUCUGACGGAGCUCAGAGAACUCGUCGACAGCAAAGACAGGGCUGCGUUCGACGAUCUGGUUUAUAGACCUCGUGUUGCUAUGGCAAGGAGAAAAGGCGACCGAGCGCACUCGGAUCUAAUAGUGACGCCGUCGCUGCACGAUCUUCCGAGGGGUGUACCCGGUGGUUGUUGCCGUCCGGGACGACUGGUGGACGUCGAAGGAGAUCCUCUAGGAGUGACAGGACCUCUCCUGCCUCGGGAAAACCAGGAAUAUAGAUCGCCGAGCGAAGACAGCGGUCUCGGGGCCGACAUGCCCAGGACCAGAGUGGGCUGCAGGAGGGCGCAACAGCACCAAGUGACGACCUCCGAUCUCGCCCUCUCCAACGACGACGAGUGUGACAACCAGGACUACGAGGACGAGCUGGAGAACGGCCGCGGACGUAGACACAGUUCGCCAGGUGGUUCCCGCGGCAAUCCCAGAGACUACGGCCAUCAUCAUCUUCAUCCGGACAAUUUGGAAAGCGACGGUGGUUGCGAUGGUAGCGACGCCGAGAUGAUCGGUAAUGGGAGACGAGGAGGAGGAACGGAAAGGGAUCGCGAUAUGGAGGAGGAUGAGGACGAAGGAAGGGAGGAAAGGAGCUCAGAGGGUGGAGGUGGUGGAGGUUUCGGUGGUUGGAGGUCUCACCUGCUCGGUGGGCUAACGCAACGUGUCAAAUCCUGGUACUGGGGCGCCAGGCCCCUCGAACUCGCGCACAAGCUCUCGCGGAGCUUCGACAUGCAGGAGGCGCAGCUGCUGGAGGAGGGUGGUUCCGGUGGCGGGCCCGGAACCGCGGGUGCCGGGGGACCUCCACGACGACACCACAGCGCCCAACGAUUGGCGAGGAGCGAGAUGUCCGAGAGAAGGGAAGAGGACGGCGCCCUGGUGGUGCCCGACCAUCAAGGCAACCUGAGGAUCACCGUCAAGAAGACCAAGUCGAUUUUGGGCAUUGCCAUCGAGGGCGGUGCCAACACCAAACAUCCACUGCCCAGGAUUAUCAAUAUUCACGAUAACGGAGCUGCUUACGAAGCCGGUGGCCUCGAGGUUGGUCAAUUGAUUCUAGAAGUUGAUGGUCACAAAGUCGAAGGACUGCAUCAUCAGGAGGUGGCGAGACUGAUCGCGGAAUCGUUCGCGAGACGCGAUCGCAACGAGAUCGAGUUCCUGGUGGUCGAAGCGAAGAAGAGCAACCUCGAGCCGAAACCGACGGCUCUGAUUUUCCUGGAAGCGUAGCAGGAAUCUCCCACCUCCGAGCCGGAGCCACCGUAGCCCAAAAUGACCAGAGCUCGACCUCUGACUCGCUUGGAGUACCGUCGGCAUUAACAUCGCCGACUCGGUCGAGCUCUUCGUCAGGUGCUGAACGAACCUGGCCUUGGUGGUGGGAACUAUCAAGAAAAAUCCAAAAAGAAACAUUGAUAACGUGAAACGCUGCAACGAAGUCCUCGUUGCCGAAGAGUUGACACGAGGGAAAAGAAAUUGUUAAGGAGAGACACUUGUAGUGUGACAGGAAGUUGUGCCAAACUAGGGAUUGUUUCGUGUACUAAAUACUCGGACUUCUUCGGAGAAGACGUGGGUGCCAUUUUGGGAUCAUCGGAUGACACUUUGUUUUUGUUUUGUGGAUACCCAUGAACUCCUCGAAGAGACACUCGAGCACAUGGGCCACGCCAUCUUGCGAGACGCGAACACUGUUGACUAAUGCGUUAUCGGCGAUCCUGGCUACGUCGAUCAGGACUUUCGUUGAUCCACUUUUUUGGCGGGUCGUUUAAUGGCAUCACCAUGACGUAGGUAGUUCCGAUCGGUCCACGGAUGCAGCUCUCGCGCUUUCAGAUUUUUGCGGAGGAGCUUGUUUUUCAGAUUCCACGGUUUAAUCGAACGUUCUUUCAACGAAUCGUAAAACACGAACUGCCACGUCAUCCACUUAAUUCGUAAGAAGGAAGGUUAAAUGUACAACUAGACGAAUAGUGUCGUUAGAACAAAGGUGAAUGUCGUAAAAAAAUGUCAAUAUCAAAAUGUAACAAACGACAGAGUAAUCAGCUGAGAAAAAAAAGAAAAAGCAUCUAUUUUUCCACGCAGCUUCAUCGAGAAACAUCGAUAGAGUCGACGAAAGUCCUGAACGAACCACAGCGAUUAACAUAGACUUAUUACGGGAAUUGUUGAGGCUUAACAAAGUAUAUUAUAUACACACACACAUAUAUUAUAUAAUAUUAUCGACUAUCGUAGUGGAAUUGCAAACUACUAAUCGGACUCGAGCUUCGCCAGUGCGCGAAGAAUAGAGUUCGAUAAAUAUUUUUGACGUAGCUAUUGAUCGAGUUUCGAAGGAUCGGUCGAAGAAUUACUGUUAGAUAACACCGGUGGCCGAUCGAGAAGAUAGGAUUUGGAAUCUCAGUUUUGAGAAUUCUGGCACUCGGAUAUUUGUACAUAGGACGCUAUCUAACUUAUUAAAAUGUAAUCAAACUCGAGAAUAUUUCAAUACCGAACGACGAGACUUUCCACACGAUUGUAAUCUAAGAAUGGCUAUUUCGAACGACCGACAUAACUCAUUCGGUACGAAUUAAUUUCUAUUUUGAAAAUCGUAAUCAUCGGUGUGCCAUGUUCUCGAACAGCAACCUGGACCCUGAUAAACGUGCCAAACAAACAGAAAGAGGAAGUAAUAGAAAAUAAAAAACAGAAUCGUUGCUGAUGCAAGACGAUUGCACAAAUUUUAAAAUGAACCGAGGACAAAACAAUAGAUGCUUUCUACUUAAAAAGAAAAAACGUGCUAGUGUCUCUUCCUGUGUUUUCAAAGCGACCUUUUCUAAAAACCAUUCACAUCGUUCCAGAAACGGACUAGAGAAAAAGGAAACUCCGAAAAACUGGGACGCGAAAGCAGAUGAUAUUUUUGUAAAACGAUUACGCAGCAGCGAUUUAAAGAUCUCAGCCCACAUAUCCGACAAUGCCUUUUGCAGCUUUAAACAGGAACGAGGGGAAAGAGAAAAUGUUUAAACUUAUUUCAAUAAUUGCAUCGUGCGGGAACUUUAUUUUCAAUCGAUUCGACUCUUUCUGAUUAUGCAAAGCGGGAAAGCGGCAAAAACUGGUUCUACCGUUUUUUCUGUGGAAACCGUGACCGUAACGUUGCUUAAUUACGCUGCUUUCAAUUUCCACUGAAUACUGGUUCAUGAACAAAGUAAACAGGGAGAAAAUUAGGCUAUGAAUGGAAAAUGGUGGUGGUUAUUUAUAUGAAAAAUUUCAUUGUAAUUGUCAGCGUGGAACAAGAGAAUUACAUAAAAAUUUCUCCCACACGAUGUUCGCAAUUUCCAAAUUUAACCCCGGUGCCAAUCGCUUAAAUUAAAAGUCUCUUUCCCCUCGAGCAUGUAAUCAUCCCUUGCAACAAGUGGCAUCGUAAAAAUCGAUUUUGAAUUCAUCGAAAGCGUCGAGGCUCGAUUGUAAGGAAACUUGUUUCAGUUCCAUUUCCGAAAAACUGCGAAUACAGAUUGUAAGUCAAAUUUGACAGAGACCGAUGUCUCACACACGAAAUAUUGAAUCUGAAAUCGAUAACUGAUUGUCAAGAAAGGGAAACCAACCAGUCGCGAUAGACCGUAGAUGUAAUUCGAACUAGAGAGAAUAGAUUCGUGCGUUUAGGCUUCCUUUGAGAUCAAAGUCAGCGAUUAUGUAUAACAGGCACAAACUGUAAUUGUAGGCUUAUAAUUUGUUUUAAAUGGUAUGUUACAUUGCGACAGGGGUGAAUUUGGGAGAAAGAACCUGUUAGUGUUUGUGGGAGACCAGGGAGAUCCAGGGAGAGACAGGGAGAGCCAGGGAGAUCCUAAAGUAAAGAUAAAUAUGGCAAAAAGGUUCUUUCUUCUCAAUUUGCCCAAAGGAAGCCUAAAGCGCAAAGUUAGUAGGUGUCUGAAGUAGAAAGAAACCGGACACUGUUUCAAAAGUCACCGCGACAGAUUAAUCUAGCAAAGAUUUAUUUUGUCAACGAGAGAUAAGGAGAGAAAGAGCCAACGGACACGGACUAUAACCUGUUCAGCUUUCGCACGUUCACAUUGCUUUUUCUCUCGAUCGACCGUGGGUGUGACGCGCGUCGAUCUUUGCGAAUCUAAAAGGACAGAGGCUUCCUUUCAAAUCAGUAGAAACUUAAUGGAAAGAUUACGAGUCUGUAAAUGAUUAACACUUCCUGCGUUACAAUUUUGUAAGAGUUGCUUUCUGAGUUGGUUUUCGUUGAGCGUUUUUGGUUCUCUGUAUUUUAUAGCCUCGUAAUCGGAGAAGAUUCGCGAGACGAGGAUCGUCGAAGCGUGACGUGAAAUCAAUUCGAGCGCUAAUUGUAAAGCAAGGCGUAACUGUACUCGUAACGUUUCAAAAGAACACUCUGUACAUAAGCAACAUGCCCGUUCAUACGCAUUUCAUAGGUCGUCCUUUUUGCAGUCGAUUUCGUACACCUUAGAGACACGAAUACACGAAAAUGGUUUGGGAGAAUAGACGCGUCGUUAAUUAGCGCGUCGAUUAAUACGUUCACCGUCGUGGAACGAAGCACCGAUGAAAUUGUUACACGAAAACAUGUACACGAACGAAGCGGAACACGUAUAGGGUGUGAAGGAAAUUCACAGAGAUAGUCUUGUAUUUAACAGCUGUUUAUGUUGAUGUACAGUGGGUCAGCGUUUGUGCCCUCUCAAUUUAUAUCUAUAUGAUACUCUCUCAGAAAUGUUAAACUUGCUAUGAAUUUUGUUAAUAUAAGAUUGAUUAGGUUAGGUUAAGUAAGUUGUAAAAUUUCUCUGCUCAAAGUUUUGUAUCUUAUUUCAUUUCUGUUUGACUAACGUUAGAAGUUUGAUAUUGGUAAACGUAGAGAUUAUAACUAGAUUGUGAACAUCUGUGGUUUGUAAAGGUGCGCCUCAUGUUAUAAAUCAUUGUAACAAGUUUGGAGUAUGUAAAACUUUCCGGAAGGGAAAUACUGCGUUAAAUAUGUAUUUGUGAAACUAUGAGUAGUGUAAUUGUUAUACGUUGUAAGAUAUUCUAUAUUGUUUUGUUUAUAGUGAAAUCUAAAAGCUUGUAAAUGUAACGCAUGAGUGAGAAGGUGCAGAUGUGGUGGCUUACUGUAUGAAUUUGUUACCAGUUGGGAAAAAAGGUUUAUGAAUAGUGGAAGUUCUGCGAAAGCAAAAUGUCAAAAUUAAAUAACUUAUUUUCUUUACACCCUGUAUAUACAUACACAUUAAUACGCAUAAAUCAUAUGUAUAAAGAAAACCCAUCGUUUCUCGCGAUCGUAUUAUUUAAUUAUUGUUAAAUCGCAAACGCUUUGAUUGUCCGUUCGAGUGUUGCUGUUCAUUAUUGUUAUCGAGAUCAUUGUAAUCACCAAUGAAAACUGUAAAGCGUUAACUAUUAUCAUCGCAGUUGUUAUUCUAUUUUAUCGGUUAUCAUAAUUAUAGAUUAUUACGAAUCACGACUGUUAUUAUUAUUCAUCAUCGUUUACAGCGACAACGGCGAUUAUUAUUGUAAUUGAAUAAAACGUUCACCACGAGAACUGGGAGUCUUUAUUAAACCUACA